AUGCUGUCAGCACUGCUGGUGAUUAAGACAGUGAUGCUCAUUGUAACAUGGCCAUGUGGGAUCAUCCUGAACUCAUCCAUUAUAGCUGUCUAUCUCCGUGACUGGAAGAAGGGAGUGAAACUUGGGGAGUGUGAACAGAUCAGUCUCAGUAUGGGGUGCAACAAUCUGCUCUUUCAGUGCUUCCUAACAUUUGGAGUGGCCUUUACCUCAUAUGGGCAGCACCUGUCUUUUGCCUUAAAAGUCACGUAUGCUUCCGGCACUGUGUACUGGUUUUCUGUUAUUCUCACAUUUUGGUUCACUGCCGGUCUCUCCAUCUGCUUCUGCCUGAGACUGGUCAAUGUGUCACCUAAAUUCUUCAUUUCAUUGAAAAGGAGACUCUUUCGCACUGUUACCCCAUUCCUUCUGUGGUCAGUGGCAAUUUCAUUUUUUUUUACAAUCCCAAUGACUUGGACGUCAGGCAUAGCAACUAACAAGAAUAUAACAAGUUAUGAUAAUAUUUCUUUUCAUUUCGUUUACUUGAUCCUUGGUGGUUUAUUUGUAAUCGGUGUGCCCUCCAUUAUUACCUCUAUUUGUAUUUUACUUUCUGUGAUAUCGCUGCUGAGGCACAUCCGGAGAAUGAAGCAGAAUACUCAGUUUGGGAGUUCUCAGCUGAAGAACCUUAUAAAAGCCUGCAGGACAAUGUUUCUACUCAUGGCUCUGAAUUUUCUUUUCUUCCUGGUAAUUUUGAGUUCAGUGUUUACACCAUAUAAUGAGGAAACAACAAGGCAAACUGUCAUUUUUUCAUACAGUAUGUUAAACCCCUCAGGUCAAGCCGUUGUUCUGAUCUUUGGAAAUUCCAAGUUACUCAGUGCCUGGUCAAAAACCUUAUUUCCUCAUGGAUAG